AUGGUUCCAACUGGUGUUGGUGAAAGAUUAAUGUUUCAGUUAGCAGAAAUGUCAAACGAAGUAUCACUUGAUAAUAUAAAUACUGUUCUUUUAGAACUUGGCUUGUUUGAGAAUGGUGCAUUUAAAGAAUACAAAGAUUGUGGGAUGGAAAACGUAGAUAUUGAUGAAGCAUCCGAAACCGUUCGAAAAUUUUCUUAUGAUAAACACGGCGAUUUCUCUUUGGAACGGUUCAUUGUAGCCUUUGAUUGUUUGUUUGAUGAAAUAAACACAAUCACAAACAAAAAACGGUUGUUUGCGAUGGAAGUUAGACAGCGUAAAAUAACAGACUAUGUUAUUAACAGUAUUACUAAUGAGUCUUUGAUGUCUGAAAGACAAAAGAAAGCUGUUAAAACAUGUAUUUUGAUUAGCCAUGCGGCGUUGAGUCGUGAAACGUUGUCUCGCUCCAAAACUUUAGCGAUAAGCCAAAGAACAAGUGUAAAUCAAAUCAAAGAAACCAACAAAGUUUUAAUGAGUACAAUUAGAGAUGAAAGAGAACUUCACGACUGCUUGGCCAUUUCCGUGGAUUCAACAACAAAAGAUGACGUUGAAAUCUUUUGCGUCAUGUUACGUUUAAUAAAAGGACGUAAUUGUUAUUCUAUGCCUCUACUUCUUCGUCAAUAUAAAGGUGAAUUGGAUGCGGAGACUCUAGCUAAAUGGUUGGUUUCAAAAUUGACAGAUUUGGGGUUGAUUUGUCACCGCAUAGUAAAUGUGACGUCAGAUGGAAUCGCUUCAUGGUCUGGACUUAAUGGCAGUGUGCCUAUUAAAAUGAACGAAUUGGUACAAAAAGAGCUUCCGCUUGGAAGAGAAUUGAUUGACUCCGACAUCAAACAGUUCUGGUGUAGUGCCCAUCGACUGGCAUUGUGUGGAGAAGGCCUUGAAAAAGAACCAGAAAUUUUUCUUGUGAAAGUGUUUAUUAAGUGGUUCUGUAAGAAAAGUCGUCUGAAUGAUUAUAAUACCAAGUGUGGACUUAAUCAUGAUAUAAACUCGACAUAUUCUUUCACGCGUUGGUUCUGGAUAUCGAGAAAUAUCACAGAAAUUAUAAACAACUACGAAAACGUUGUUAAUUACGUUUCAACUCCAAGUGUAUAUGAAGAGUUAUCAAUUGAACUUGCAUCCAACAAAUUCACAUUCUUUGAAGACAAAAUAAAACUGUCAAAACAAAAAAAGAACCGACAAUUUAGACACGAACAACAACGACAAGAAAUGUUGGGAAGUGAUGAUGCUGAAGAAGAGGACUCUGAUGAAGCACGACAAGUUCCAUUUAAUCUUAAUUCACCACCAAUAAGAAACGUGUUUUAUAAAUCGAAGAAAAUAUUUGAACUCCUUUUCAUUAUGUGCUCUUCUUUACAAGAAGACAGUCUCCUGCUCUUCGAGUGUGUUGAAUGUGUCGACAUGAUGGCACAUGGGUCUUUUUCAGAGAUAUAA